AUGUUUAAUGUAGUCCACGAACUAUUAGCAGUUUGCAAAGAAAUGGUUGAUUUUAUUGCUGAUUAUCUGUCUAAUAUUCGAGAUAGACGAGUUUAUCCAAAUGUGAAGCCUGGCUAUAUGAGACAAUUAAUAGCUGAGGAUGCUCCAACGCAAGGUGAAAAGUGGGAAAUCAUAUUUGAAGAUAUAGAAAGAGUCAUUAUGCCUGGUAUUACACAUUGGCAAAGUCCCCACAUGCAUGCCUAUUUUCCAGCACUAAAUUCUUAUCCGUCAUUACUUGGUGUACGUAUUUAA